AUGGCGGACGCCGGCGAAGACCCCACCAUAUUCACCGCCCACUCCCUGCCCAGCGACCCCCGGCUCUGGGCCACCGUGACCAAUGCAUACUUGGGCACACGUGUGUAUCAUGACACGCUGCAUGUGAGUGGCGUGUACAACGGGGCGCUGGGGGACACGCACCGAGCCAUCCUGCCCAGUCCCCUCGGCAUCCAGCUGGAGGCCCCCGUGGGCACCGAAGAGCAGCUGACCACGACCUUCGUCCUGGACACUAACACAGGCUCCUUCCUGCACACCCUGGAGGGCGCCCGCUUCCGGGCCUCCCAGCGCCUCUACGCCCACCGCCGGCUGCCGCACGUGCUGGCCUGCAGCGUGGCCAUCGCCCGCCGGGCCCCGGGCGGCCGGCCCGUCACCGUGCCGCUGCGCUCUGCCUUCUCCCCAGAGAGCCCGGACUUGGACCUGCAUCUGGGGCCGGACUUCCAAGGAGCCCGGUACCUGUUCGGCCACACGCUCACCCCCGAGCAGCCUGGGGGCGCGCCGCAGGAGGUGCACAUGCUGUGGACACCCGUGCCCCCCGCCCUGACCCUGGGGGAGGGCGAGCAGAGCAGGACCUGGGAGUUCCUGGCCGUGGUGGCUGGCAGCCAGGCGGAGGCCCGGGCCUGCCUUUCUGAGGCCCUAGAGCUGCAGGCCAGGGGGGCGCUGUACCCCACCCACGCCCAGGCCUGGGCGCAGCUCUGGGAAGGCUGCGGCCUGGAUGUGGAGGGGCCCCUGCCGCUGCGCCAGGCCCUGCGCGGUGCCCUCUACUACUUGCUCAGCGCCCUGCCCGAACCCGGGGCCCCAGGACACGUCUGCCACGGACUCAGCCCCGGGGGCCUCUCCAACGGCAGCCGCGAGGAAUGCUACUGGGGCCACGUGUUCUGGGACCAGGAUCUCUGGAUGUUCCCGAACAUCCUCCUGCUCCAGCCCCAGGCCGCCAGGGCGCUCCUGCAGUACCGCAUCCGGACGCUAGGUGGGGCCCUGGACAACGCCCGGAACCUGGGCUACCAGGGAGCCAAGUUCGCCUGGGAGAGCGCGGGCUCCGGGCUGGAGGUCUGCCCCGAGGACAUCUACGGGACCCAGGAAAUCCACGUCAACGGGGCCGUGGUGCUGGCCUUCCAGCUGUACUACCACAGCACCCAGGACCUGCAGCUCUUCCAAGAGGGUGGCGGCUGGGACGUGGUCAGUGCCGUGGCUGAGUUCUGGUGCAGCCGUGUGGAGUGGAGCCCUGCAGAGGAGGAGUACCACCUGAAGGGAGUCAUGCCCCCCGACGAGUACCAUUCUGGGGUCAACAACUCCGUGUACACCAACGUCCUGGUCCAGAACAGCCUGCGCUUUGCCGCUGCCCUGGCCCGGGACCUGGGUCGGCCCGUCCCCAGCCGGUGGCUGGCCGUGGCUGACAAGAUCAAGGUGCCCUUUGACGUGAAGCGGAACUUCCACCCCGAGUUUGAUGGGUAUGAGCCUGGAGAGGAGGUGAAGCAGGCAGAUGUUGUGCUCCUGGGGUACCCCGUCCCCUUCUCCCUGAGCCCUCAAGUUCGCAGGAGAAACCUGGAAGUUUACGAGGCUGUGACAUCCCCCCAGGGCCCGGCCAUGACGUGGAGCAUGUUUGCCGUGGGCUGGAUGGAGCUGAAGGACGCCCAGCGGGCAGCAGACCUCCUGGGCAGGAGCUUCGCCAACAUCACCGAGCCCUUCAAGGCCAGCCUGGGCCCCGUUCCCCGGUCCCCUGGGCGGGCCGGGUGGUGGGAGUGGGAGCCUGUUCCUGGGGUCACAGCGCUGUGA